AUGGUUACAACGAACGCAAUUCCAUCCACUUCACACGAUGUUCCUUCAGUCACGCAAGCGCCAAUAGUUACACAAACUACCUGUGGAGCGUCAAAUCUAGUUGGAGCAAGUCCGCUCUCAGCGGCUACACGUCCUCAAGGAGGUACGAACUCAUCGCUGCCAUCAUCAAUGGAGCAGUUAUUGGAACGGCAAUGGGAACAGGGCUCACAAUUUUUAAUUUCACAAGCGCAGUUUGAUGUAGCUCAACUGUUAUCAUGCUUGCACCAACUGAAAACGGAGAAUGGUCGGCUUGAAGAACAGCUGGUUCAGCUGAAUCGUCGUCGUGAGCAUCUACUUGCGCUCACGUCAAGAUUAUCCGUGCCACUUGGUGGACCUCCACUUCAACAGCAACAGUUGCAACACCAGCAUUAUCGUGCCAUUUGUUUUAGAACCACGGUCAGUGUGUGUUCUACACCAUCUAUAUCGGUGACAGCACCAACGCUGGCUACUGCAUCGACAACACAACCAGUAGUGAUGACUACGACUUCCACGGCUCCGGCAGUGUCUGCAGAGUUAGCCGCUAACAUCAGCCCUGAACGACUGGCAGCCUUGAAUCCGCUAAUAAACAGCGGCUUUUUAGGAAGAAGCACUAAUCAGAUGCUAAGCACAGGGAACGCAAUGGUGAGUAUGUUCAAUCGAAAGCUUAAGAAAUAG